AUGGCCGAAGUCAACACCGUCACCGUCUACAACACAGUGCAACGGACGACAGUUGCGGAGGCGACCCCGACGGCCCCGAAGCCCGCAUCCUAUACAUCGCUCGAGGUCUUCCAUGACACGAUGCUGCGAGUGACCAAUGAUUUUCGAAAAUUGCAUGAAGCGAAACCUUUGACUUGGAAUGAUGAACUGGCGGAAUACUCUCGCAAGUGGGCGGAAGGUUGCUUGUGGAAACACUCGGAUGGGCCCUAUGGCGAGAAUCUGGCAUUUGGCUAUCCGAAUGCUUCAGCUGCGGUGGAUGCAUGGGCCGAUGAGGUCAAAUACUACAAUUUUAAGAAGCCCACGGGUUUCACCGAGGAGACCGGCCACUUCACGCAGCUCGUGUGGCAGUCUACCACGGAGGUGGGAUGCGCAGCCGUCAAUUGCGGAUAUGGCAAGGACAAGAGAUCUGUUCAGAGGGGUAAGAUCGAUAGUCGGGCAGAGCGACUCCUGCCGCGAGACGAUGAGGGUGAUACGCGGGCGCAAGGGUGGUUCGUAGUGUGUGAAUACAAACCCCCGGGCAACAUUGUGGGCGAGGACGACAAAUACUUCAAGGAAAAUGUCAAGCCAGCGAAUCAGUCGUCGGCAAGCGCAUCAACAACUGCUUCCGACAGCCAAGCUACAGGUGGCACUAUGGCAAAGGCUGCAGGGAGCCCGAGAUCCUGGAUUUGGACUACGUUGGUGGCUUGGACUGUAAUCGUCGUGGGGAUGAGCCUCUACAGCUGA